AUGUAUGAAAGAGCAAGCAGGAAAAUGUUGGGGGUACUAGUGUGUCUCUUGAUUCUUUUCUUUGUAAUGUUGUUCCGGUCAAAGAAGUCCUAUCCUCCAGGGCCUUUUCGACUGCCUAUCCUUGGAGGCACCUGGCGGUUUUGGUUCAACAUGUCUCGCGAUAAUUUGUUGCAGAUGGAGAAGGAAUAUGGAAAUGUUUUCACUAUGUGGGUUGGACCUAUACCUAUGAUUAUGUUGUCAGGAUUCCAAAGCGUGAAAGAGGGCCUGGUAAAUCAUUCAGAAGCCUUCGCGGAUCGACUGGUUACACCGCUUGUGAAAGCUUUAACAAAAGAGAAAGGCAUCAUGUUCUCAAAUGGCCACACCUGGAAGGAACAGAGGAAAUUUGGGAUUGUUACCAUGCGGAAGUUGGGACUGGGGAAGAAAGGCGUGGAGCACCAAAUACAAGAGGAGGCCCAACAGCUGAUUGAGACUUUUGCACGUGCAAAAAGGGAGCCUCUUGACCCUUCACUGCACAUCAGAAAGGCAGUCUCCAAUGUGAUCUGUGCUUUGGCUUUUGGAUACCGGUUUUCUGUUGAUGAUGAAGAAUUCCUCAAGUUGACAAAGGCCUUUCAUGUUAUCUUAACAUAUAUAACAAGCCCAUGGCAUGGUUUCUAUGAAAUGGCUCCAAGGCUUUUCAACUAUCUCCCAGGACCUCAUCAGAAGGUGUUUUCAAGCAGAGCUGUUGUGGAUUCGUUUAUAAGGAAAGAGAUACAAAAGCAUAAGGCACAGGGGUCCCUACAUGAUCCACAGGAUUACAUUGAUUUCUACCUACUUCAGAUGAGGAAAGCAAAGAGUGACCCCAACUCAACCUAUGAUGAAGAGAACCUGGCCCAAUCCAUUUUUGACCUCUUUAUCGCAGGAUCAGACACAACAUUUUCAACUCUGCAAUGGGCCCUACUCCUUAUGGCAAAUCAUCCAGAUGUUCAAGAAAAAGUCUAUAAGGAGAUGGAAGAUGUUUUGGGUUCCUCUCCAUUAUGCACCCAUCAAGAUGUGAAGAAAUUGCCUUACACCAACGCUGUGAUUCAUGAGAUUCUGCGUUCCCAGUAUAUUUUAAUAAUUGGGAUCCCCAGACAAUCUGUGAAGGACGAGAAUAUCCUUGGUUUUCCCAUCCCAAAGGGAACCAUUGUCGUCCCAGAUAUUGCCUCUGUUCUUCUGGAUCCCAAGCAAUGGGCAACCCCACAGGAGUUCAACCCGAAUCAUUUUUUGGACAAAGGUGGGAAUUUUGUGACUAGAGAAGCAUUUCUGCCAUUUGGUGCAGGGGCCCGGAUCUGCCUGGGGAAGCAGCUGGCGGAGAUUGAGCUCUUCAUCUUCUUCACCAGCCUGCUGAGGUCCUUCACCUUCCAACCACCAGAAGGAGUCAAAGAGAUCAAUACAGAACCUUCAAUAGGAUUAACUGUACAUCCUCAUCCUUAUAAAGUCUGUGCUGUUCCCCGUUCAAACGCUUAUUAA